AUGUCAACACUUGAAGGGCUCUUAGGGUGCAGUCCCUCUGAUGUUGUGUAUAAGAUUAAUUCAGCAGGUGUCCGUGAGCAGGAGAUUACUGUCUCGGAACUCAGGGAGAGGACUCAAAAUCUGGCAUUUGAGAUUGUGCUUGUUUACAUGCCCUUUGAUGACUGUCUUGACCCUGAGGCCUACAAGGCGAAUGUAGAUAGUAUGUUGCAGAAGCAGGGCAAAUCUGAUUGGUGGCGAUUGCCCUUUAAUAAUUCACUCAUCAUUGUAGGACCCCAUGAUGAAUAUGUGGAUCCGUAUGGAAGGGAGAUCAUGUACAGGUUUCGGAUGGAUGGAUAUCCAUUCACUAGAGAAGGCUUUGUUCAAAGUAGAAUGAAGAAGCUUAGGGAACUCACCUUAGAGUCAUUGUUGGUGUAUGGUUCACGGGAUUAUGUAAUUCGAGGAGAUGAUAGGAUUGCUGUGUCUGAACUCCAAGGCAGGAACAUAAUUCUGUACCUUGAUCACCUUGGGGAAGACCUUAGACUUUACGAUGAAUUAUUAAAUUGGUAUGAUGAGAUUAAGGCAAAGCAUCCUAGUUUUGAAGUGGUCUUUGUUCGUCUUGACUCUGUUGAGAGUAGUAUUAUCAGUAGUAUUAAAAUGGAAGAUGAAUCUGUACUAUCUGCAAUAAUGCCUUGGUUGAUAUGCCCAUUCGACCCUGAUCAUUCAGCAUUUGUGGCAAAGAAAAUAUUCACCGUCGAAGAUACAUACAAUAUGGAUACCCUUAUUCAGUUUGGAGAAGAAAGCCGGAUUUUGUCAACUGAAGCUCAACACCUUCUAAGAGAGCAAGGACCUGGUGAUUUUCCUUAUGGUGAUAGUCUACGCAAGGAAGUCAUUGAUAAACUAAAUAAUAAUUACGAGUAUUCCGACGGCAAUAUGCAUCUUAUGGUGUAG